UACUUAUUAUAAAAGUCCCCUUCAUUUACUUCACUUUUCAUAAUUAAAAAACAUAAAUUAAAAGGAGAAAAGGUAAUUCAAAAACAAAUUAAAAAAAGAAAAACAUAAAUAGAAAGUAAAGAAUUUGAUUACCAACUGAAAUAAAAUAUGAGCACAGAGAAUCAAAAUUAGCAAUAAAAACCUGCGCAGGAUCCAGUUUCGUGCUACCAAGCGUAGCCCUAAAGAAAUUUAUUGCAUGAAAAAAGAAAAAAUUAAGAUGGCGAAUGGAAAGUAGAGAGAUCUUAUGAAGUACUAAGCAAAUUAGGCAAAGGAGGAUUUGCUAAAGUCUACCUUGCAAAAGAUAUUUCAUCAAAUGAGUAAUAUGCAAUAAAGGUAGUUGACAAAUCCUCAUUAGAAAAGGAUUCCUUCAAAGAAAAGUUGAACUAAGAAAUAAAGAUUUAGAAAAGUCUAAACCAUGAAAAUGUAGUUAAAUAUUACACUUCUUUCGAGGAUUCCUAGAAUGUUUAUAUAGUACUUGAGUAUUGCAGCAAUUAGACUUUUAAGGAGCUACUGGACAGAAGAAAAAGAUUAACUGAAAUCGAAGUCAAGAGCCAUCUUUUUCAAAUAAUCUAAUCCCUCAAAUAUAUCCAUUCGAAAGGAGUUAUUCAUAGAGAUUUAAAGAUAGCAAACAUAUUUUUAAAUGACAAGAUGGUAGUCAAAUUAGCAGACUUUGGUUUAUCAGCUAUGAUGAAGAAUGCUCAAAAAAGAAAAACUGUUUGCGGGACUCCAAAUUAUAUAGCUCCUGAAGUUCUUAAAAAUCAAGGUCAUGAUUACUUAGUUGAUAACUGGGCCAUUGGAGUGAUAGUUUAUACAUUUUUAAUCGGUAAGCCACCAUUCGAAGAAAAAGAAGUUGAAAAUACUCUGAGAAACAUCAAGGCCAACAGAUAUUCUUUCCCUGAAAAUUGUACAAUUUCAAAAGAAGCAAAAGAUUUUAUUUAAAAAAUCUUGGUUCCUAAUCCAGACUAGAGAUUAACUAUGGAUUAAAUGCUUCAACAUCCAUUUAUGAAAAGUGAAGAGUAUUAUAUUCCUAAAACAUUCCCAAUAAGCACCUUAGCACUUCCUCCUACUGCUAACUAUUUAAGAAAAUUACGCAAAAGCGAGUCUGUUCUAGCUCCGAAAUCUUAAUUAUAAUUAGCAAAUAAUGGAGCUCAGCCUUAUGAUUAUAAUUGCCAGAAUGAAAACUAAACACCUCAUAUAUCAACAACCCAAUCCACAAAGCAUUUUUAGCGUAGUAAUCACUUCUACUAAACCCAAAGCAGCAGUACUGCUAACUUUAAACCUACUUCACUAUCUCAGCAGCAUGCUACUACAAAUUCUAAUAACUUAUAGGACACUAAUUCUACUAAUACAAACGAAAAUAAUACAAUAAGCAGUAACAACCCUAAUAAUAAUGAGAUAAACAUAGCUAACUAAGAAAAUGACAAUUAUCAAUUAUUGCGCAUGAGAAGCUAAGAAAAUAUUCAAUUUUCUCGUUAAUUCUAAAAUUACUUCUAAGGUAAAAAAGAAAACUCUCUCCAAAAGUACCCAAGCAGUUAAUAAUUUACUGGAAAUCCAAUCUCAUCUAAUUAAAAUAUACUUAAUUAGCACUAAAGUCCUCCAAAAAAUUUAAAUACAGCUGCUGGAUAUUCCUCUGUAGAGAAGCCAAGUUACUCCCAAAGCUCUUAAACAAAAGUCCCAACCCUUACUUCUUCUUAAAAAUUCGAUAUCAAAAAAUAUAAUACUAUUCACAUUUCUGACACAAAUUAAAAUUAAAAUCAUAACAAAGCCAAUAAUCCUUAUUACAAUCUUCCUGCAUAAAGUGGUUAGCAAAACUCAAAUUAGUCACCUUUAGAGUAAAUAAAUCUUCUGACUCAAAAGUAAAAUAUUUAUUUAUUCGAUUACAUUGACUGCAGCAGCAAAUUUGGUCUGGCAUACUACUUGAAUAACGGAAACGUAGGUAUCUUACUGAAUGAUGGAAAUGUAACCUAAAUCGUUGAUGAAACGUUUGAGCACAUCUAAAAAGUUUAAGACAACUAUGUUAUUCAAAAGUAUCCUAUUAAAUAGAUACCUCCCUCAUGCUAAAACUUGUUUAGACUGACCACAAAUAUAAAAGAAUACUUCCUCAACAAAUACAAACUUAUUUGUCCGAAAGUUGAAUUGUAAGAAGGAGAUUUUGAAAAAGAAGUCUAUCUGAAAAAGUUCAUUUCAACUAAAUAAGCUUCCUUUUUUAGAUUUAGUAACAAAGAUCUUUAAGUUAUUUUUAUUGAUAAGAGUGAAGUUGUUAUCACUUAGCAAAAUAAAAAUCUAUACUUCAAAGAUAAGAAUGGAACUCAAAAAAUUCACACAUUAAACCAUGAAGAUAAGUCUUCGUUACCUCAUAAUAUUAGAAAAAGAAUAUUGUAUAUUAAAGAUGUUUUCCUAAGUGGUAAUCACUCAAAGACACAAUAAGCUAACAAGCUACAAGGAACUGAUAACUAAUAAAAUAGUGGCUAAAACCCUACAAAAUACUCUUCAACUACUCCUAGCAGUAAUAAUUAAGUUUAACCUUCCUCUGUCCCUUGCUCUCCCCCAAUCUCAUCUUUAACUCAUUCAUCAAGUUAAAACUAAAAAUUAACGCAAGCUGCUAAUAAUAUUGUUAACCCUGCAUAGCAAAUGUCGGCAUCAUCCUUAACUUAGUAUUAAUCUGUACCACUUUAAAAUGGUUAAAAUUAAGCAUCUAUGUUCAAUUCUACUUACCAAUAAGGUUUUAAUUAAAAUAAUCCUUAGUCAUCUUCAUUAUCCCCUUUAAAUUCUAUCAAUUAAAAUAUAUCUCCAGUUUAGUAAGACCCUAACAAUAAUAUUAGCAACAAUCUCCAAAACAAUAUAUAAUUCAGCUAAAUAAUGAAAACAAACAAUAACACUACCUCUUCUACUAACAACUCUGUAUCAACAUCAUAAUAAACUCCAUAAUAAUAAGUGCUUAACCAAAUUAAAUACAAUAAUAGUUAACAACUCUCUUAAACUGCAAAACUAUCACUUUACUAGUCUUAAAAGUUAAGAGUUUCUGUUGAAAAUUAUCAAUCUCCUGUCUCAAAGCCUGUUUAAAACGCUCCUUCAGUCUAUCCUCUUAAAAUGUAUUAAUGA